AUGCAGAGGUGGACUAGUCUCCUGUUUCUAUCUUUGAUCUUUUGCGCCACCCUCUCAGAGACCUUUGGACUCGUUUUAUCAGCAAAAGAAAAGAGGGGCUGGACUUUGAAUAGUGCUGGUUACCUACUUGGGCCACGUCGUAUUGAUCAGCUUUUACUGAUAAAGGAAAUGCCCAUUGCAAGGGGGAGAGAAGAGGCACCUGGGGAUUAUGCAGUAGAUAAUCACAGAUCUUUUAUUGACAAACAUGGCCUAGCUGGUAAACGUGAGAUACAGCCUGAAGAGGAUAUAAAAAUAGGUAAUCUUGGGAGACCAGUGGUUGACGACAACGUUGUACGCACAGUAAUUGAAUUUUUGACUUACUUGCAUCUUAAAGAGGCUGGGGCACUAGAUAAUCUACUUUCAUCAGAAGAAACAAAUCAGUCCUGA